AUGAGUAUAGCGAAUGAAAAACUAAAUGGCCUGAAUCUGCAUGAGGCAUGCACAGAAUCUCAAAAAAGGUCAAGAUUGUUGUACACUAAAGAAUUUCUACUCUCUCUUAGCAACUUGGAUGUUUGCAAGCGGCUUCCAAGUGGAUUUGACCAAUCACUUUUAAGUGAAUUUGAGGACACUUCACAAUAUCAGUUUAGAGCAUCUGGUGGUUUCUCAUCACAAAGUUAUAAGCGAACAGAAUAUGGUUCGUCCCCACCAACCAGAGGGGACACAAGUAAUUUUCCUCGUGGGAUUCAGGGAAGAUGGGAUAGUCGCUCAUCAGUUAGAAGUGAUCGUGACAGUGUUUCACAAUCUGAAAAGGAAUCAGAUACUGGAGGACGUUAUGCCAACCAGUCUCGACGACCUUGGCAGGUUCCUGAGCAUGAUGGGCUUCUUGGAAGUGGUUCAUUCCCACGGCCUUCUGGUUUGGCAGUGGGCUCUUCAGCUUCAACGUUCCGAGAGCCUAGCGAACCAUAUUAUCCCCCUCGCCCUUACAAGGCUACUCCUAACUCUCGCCGGUUUAUCACUGACUCAUUUAAUGAUGAAACUUUUGGCUCUUCUGAGUGCACAACUGAAGACAGAGAAGAAGAGGAAAAAAAACGAAGAGCUUCUUUUGAUUUAUUGAGGAAGGAACAUCAUAAAGCUUUUCAUGAAAGGCAGAAGUUGAAUCCAGGAAAGGGUAAAGAUGACUUCAAUUUUUCUUCGUUGAUGGGAGAUUCAAGUGAUAACAAGAGAAGUCAAGACAGAAGCAAUGAACUGAACGGGCCAGUGUCAAGUAAUAAUUCUCAUAAAGCUGCCACAUCAUCUGUUCCUUCAUCUAGACCUCUUGUCCCUCCAGGUUUUUCAAAUGCAUCGGCUGAGAAAAGCACUGGAACUAAAGUGGUGACCAAUUCUCAGUUGGAGGUAGUCAAUGAAGUUGAAGGCUCGCACAACAAAGGGAACAAUUUGUUCCUUGGAGCUUCACAAAACCAAGAACAGGUGCAGCGUCUAGAAUCACUAAAUGUGAGCGAGCAAGAGCUUGGCAACUUUAGUAUUAAUGUUUUAGUCAAUAGUAGCAAAGGGCAAAAGUUACUGGAUUUACGUUCCACAGUGGAUGCCUCUAGCAAACUAAUUGGGAAAGAUGCUCAAUUUUAUAAAACUCUGGAGCUUUUAGAAGGUUUUGAAACUCAAAAGAAUGGUGGAGUUACAGAUCUGAGUGUCGAGGAUGUGGUGAAAGGUAAAUUCAUUGGUGGAUCUGACCCAACUGGCUCCACCUCAAUUCUGGCACAGCUGUUUGGGAAUGCUUUAGUUCCAAAUGGUGAUGAUUCUUCUAGUUCCGUUGAGCAACAUGGUCCCAAAAUGGAGGAGGCAUGGAUUUCGUCUGAUGUACAAGCUUCCAAGUUUGCCCAGUGGUUUCUUGAAGAAGAAAAGAAUCCAGUCGACGAUGUCUCUUCUGGUGGGCCGAACAGUUUGCUUUCUUUAAUCGUGGGUGGUGAAAAAGGGCUCUCUCAUCCUACUGAUGGUAGAACUGCCAAGCAGCACAUCUUGCCAGACUUGUCGGUUCGAAAUGGUGAACUUGCUGACAAAGAUAGGAGAUCAAGCUCAGUGCUUGCUGCUAUUAAAGAUACUGAAAAGUCUCCACCGUUCUCUGAUUAUAAAGUGGAACCAGUGACAGCUGUACUUACAUGUGAAGACCUUGAGCAGUCGAUCCUAUCUGGGAUUACUGGAAGUGGAUCAUCUUUGUCAGCUAAUGAAAGUGGGAGGAAUGUCGUGGAUCAGAAAACUCUUAAAUUGGAAGCCACUCUUCAACUGAAAGCCAAGGCUGAUGAUCAUGCAUCCCAGCACAUUCUCUCAUUAUUGCAGAAGGGCACAAGUUUGGAUGAUGCAUUUCCUUCUGCCAUUCUAGGAACUAAGUCUGUAGACAAUAUAAAGGAUAUAGAAGAACCCAGUAUUGGGCUUCCAGGAAUCUCUAUUUCGUCAGAUACUGAACAUUCUGUAACUUUGGGGAAGGCUUUGACUCUUGAAACUCUUUUCGGAACUGCUUUUAUGAAAGAACUGCAGCCAGUAGUACUAACUGCAAGCCAACCCGCCAAGGCUGGUAUUGCAAAACUUGAUAUUCCUCAGUUCCAUGGUCCUUACCUUGAAGGUGAUGGUGGUCUACUUCUGUCAACUUUAGGAAUGACAUCCAACAUAUCAGGCCUGGGAAGUGGCGUCCCACUAUCAAACCAGCCUCGGCAAAUUAAGUCGGAUAGGAUUGAGGAUCACUUCAUAGCCUUUAAUUCUAGCAACAAAGUAGAUACUUCACAGAUCCAGUCUGAAUUGGUCUCCAGACUUGGUGGACAAGUAUCAUGUGCUGAGAUUGGGCUCCCUGAGGAGGACAGCCUGCUUGCAGUUAGUGACCCUCUGAAUGCACUUGAUCUUGUACAUGCUAGGAACACGUCGGAUAAGAUUGAAGUGCUGGGUACACAAGAGAUGACAGUUGACAUUGCUGAAAAGCUUACAGCUUUAAGUUCGUUCCGAGAUGAGAGGUCUCUCAUAGGAGGCCAAGCUGGUCCACCUUUUGGUCGCAAUCCUUAUGAGGCGAGGGAACAGGAAGUUCAGUAUCAAAAUAUUCGGGUCCGUCCAUCUCCACAUCAGCUUAAUCCGUCUCAAAUCAAUAAUGCUGAUUUGAUGUUUCACUCAUUGGAUUCUCAUUCCCCUAAAAUCAAUGCUCAGAUGAGAUUCAUUUCCCCAGAGAAUGUCAUUCAUCGUCGUGCUCCUAGUAAUCACUAUGAUGGGAAUAUGUUCCAUCAUCUUAAUGGCGGCAGCACACUUACUGGGUUUGAUCCUAGCCCUCAGAAUGCAUUGCUGCAACAGAUGCAUAUGACUGACAAUUUUCCUCAUCUCUCACGUGGAUUUCCUACGGGUGCUCCUGCUGUUCCACAUCUUAACAACCAGAUGCCAGGUUUUAUACCGGAUGCGAAUCCAAUGCAAAACUUCCCCUUUGGCCAGAGGCCGACCAACUUAGGUGCUGUCGCGAUUCCAUCUCAUGCUCCAGGCGUCGACAGUGGAACAAAUCGUCCAGAGGCACUGCAGAAGUUAAUUGAGAUGGAACUCAGGCUGAAGCCGAAGCAGGUUCACCCUUUGGCUGCAGUUGGGCAUGGUCAAGGGCCGUUUGGUCAUGAGCACAUGGGUUUCGGAUACAGAUAG